GCCUCCGCGCCUGCGCGCCGCUCCACCUCCCUUUCCGCCUCCGCUUGGGAAGCUCCCGCUCACGCAGCAGUUGGAGGCGGCUCGUCUGUCUGCUGGCUCGUCUGUCUGCAGCCUGUGGUCUGUUGAGUCGGGUUUUCACGCCACCUGUGACGGGUCGCUGGCGGGGGGCCCACUGCUCAGCGCCUGCGCUGGCUGAGGGCUUCCGUCACCAUGGCAGCGACCCCUGGGGGCCCGGGAUCUUGGAGUGAAAAUAUACUGGAAUAUUUUCUGAGAAAUAACCAGAUCACAACAGAAGAUGGCGCUCAGAUCACCUGGUAUCACGCCGCCAACCACAAGGCACAAGUGGAGGAGGCACUGAAAAGUACUGCUCACAUGAUAGAGGCUGAUGUCCUUCUUCCAAGUGAUGGAUCAGAACAUGGCCAACCAAUCAUGGCCCAUCCUCCUGAAACACACAGUGAUAAUACUCUGCAGGAAUGGCUGACUGAAGUCAUGAAAAGCAAUAAAGGCAUCAAGCUGGAUUUCAAGAGUCUGGCAGCUGUAGCACCAUCCAUGUUGCUCUUGGAAAAUGUGAAGAGGCAUCUGAAGCGUCCUGUGUGGAUUAAUGCUGAUAUUCUUCCUGGUCCAAAUGGAAAUAGCAGAGUAGUGGAUGCAAAACCUUUUGUAGACACUGUGACAUCUUUCUUUCCAGAUGUGACAUUUUCCCUUGGUUGGACAACAGGAUGGCAUCCUGAGAAAGUCAAUGAAGGUUACAGUUGGACAAUGGUAAAAGAGAUGGAAUAUAUAUGUAGUGAACUAAAUCAGCCUGUAACAUUUCCUGUCAGAGCAGCAUUAGUCAGGCAGUCUUGUUCUCAGUUACUUUGGCUAUUAAGGAAUUCAAACAGAUACAGCCUGACUGUUUGGACUGGAAAAAAUGAUAACUAUUCCAUUGAUGAUUUACUUUGCAUUAGAAACCAUUUCGACAGAAAGCAAGUUUUCUAUGACAUCUUGGAACCGCAGAAUCAUGAAUUUAAACAAACCAUUGGAAUCAAAGUUAAUCUCUAAGAGGAUUCUUCUAAAUUAUUUCAUGUUUUGGUUUCAUAAUCCUUCUCUGCUUUGGUCUAAAUUAAUUAUCAUAUAAAUUACAAUGAUUGAUUUAUGCUCCAAUUCUUCCAAUCAAAAAAUACCAAUACGCACUGUAUUAGGCAUAUGUUCUUAUAAUACUGUACUUAUCUAAAAGAUUUGGAAAGAAAAAUUUCAGUAGGCCUUGUCUAAUAAUAAUUUAGGAAAAUGAUACUUGAAAACCCUUUAUAAAAAAUAAUUUUGAUAGACUGAAGAUAAUUGAAAGCAUCCAUGUGUCAUAAAACAGGUAUAAAUCACAUUUUGUUGGCACUUGCAUUCCAGAGAUUCCACAGAAACAUGGCACCCUUUUUCCUUUUCCUGAAGAACUGGUUAUUUCAGAGACUACAAAAGAGUAAGAAGUCUUAAAAAAGUUUUUAACUUUCACAGGCGUGAAUAGCUUUCUCAUAACAAAAUCAAAUCCAUUUACUGAAAACAAUAUAGAUUUAAUCAGAUGGAUGUAGAAUUUCCAUGUUGUUGGGAAUAUAGUGACAGCUGUGUGUAUUUUUGUAUUCUUUGUUUCAAUGAUAUCUUCUCUAUAGUGAACAAAAUAGUUUUGGAGAGGAGAAUUUUAAUCCUGGUAACAUAUCAUUUAAUUUUCAAGUUUCUCACCAGUACCACCUUAGUCCAGGCACUUGUUCUGCUACUAGAGUUUUAAAAACUAGUUCUUUGUGAUUUCAUUCUUCCCACUCUACUCAGAGAUACCCUGAGUAUUUCUGCUGAAGAAAAAUUUUAAAAACACCUCUUUCUUUAUGCCAAAUCAAAAGCCUCCAGGAGUUUCCUACAUUCAACUUGAUUGAUUUUCACUCUUUCAAGACCUUAUAUACUCGUAAUGUAGUCCCAUUCUGAAAGUCAACUCGCUGUCCUCCAACACAGCCCUUCAUUUCAAAAAUGCCUACAUCCGUGGUCUCUAGAUCUUACUUUAGCAGUUAAUUUUGACUAUUUAAUAUUGUUCACUAAUUGUGGCAUAUGUGUUAGUUGUAUCUCCUCGACUAGAUCAUGAAGUCCUUCAUGGUAAGGGAACAUUCUGAACUGUCCUUUAUGGUACCUGGCAUAGUACUGAGUAGGACAUUCAGGAAAACAUGUUGCUUCUUUGAUUUAUUUUAUUGAAAAAUUAUUUACCAAUGAAUGUCCUAAAAUAUGUAAUUUACCUUUUGUUUAUCGACUAUUUUCUCCCAGAGAAUAAAGUAGUUCUAUUUAGAAAAAGGAGCUUGGGUUUUUAAUUCAGAGAGAUUUCCCUUAUAGCCCCACUACAGUCUCUUACUAGCCAUAGAUUUGUGGAAAUAUUUAACCUCCUUGAGUCUUGGUUUCCUUAUCUAUAAAAUAGUGGGGAAAAUGAGGAUUCUCUUGUAGGGUUGUGAAGAUUAAGGGACAUGGAUGGAGGCAUCUAGCUCAGUGCUCAUCACGUAGCAAGUGCUCAUAGCCAUUGUAGGUAGGUAGGUAGGUAGGUAGGUAGGUAGAGGUAAGAAAUAUAACAUGAAACAUUAUAGACAUAUGAAUACUUAAAACAAUUAUAUUUGUACUUUAAAUUAUAGCUCCAACUGAAUGCAAUAUUGUCAACAUGUAAAACUUCACUUUCUUUUUUAAAUAUUAAAGAUUUUUUUCAAUUACAGCUGACAUACAAUAUUAUGUUAGUUUCAAGUGUACAACAUAGUUACUAGACAUUUAUAUAACUUACAAGUGACCACCCUGAUA